AUGACCGAUUUUGCAUUCCUAACUCAACACCACAAUGAUGAAGCAAGGAUUAGGACAAAUAGCGAAAUUCAAGCCGAAGAUUGCCUUGAACUUUUGUCCUUUUAUCUAAAAUCCACGUUUAAAGGCUGGCGGGAUAAUAUUUAUGCACAGAAGUCAGGCGUUUGCAUAGGUUCAAGGCUGACAAAAUCUCAUAUCCACAAAAUGAAAGCAAGCUUCUCCGCCGAAAUCGCCAGGCUCAGGCACUCAAACUUUCCAAACAGAGUUAUCUCAUCGGCCUGUGACAAACUAAUUCGUAAUUCUAGGAAGAUUAUUGAGGCCUACCAUAUAGAAAAGAAGAAAACAAUGUGCGUGAGCCAACCA